CUGAAUCGCUGGGUGGAGGCAACCCAGCCCACCGCUCUCCAGGGGGCUCGAGAGCGCGAGCAGCCUCCUCCAGCUGAACCAUCUCUAGCUCGGCAAGAAGGAGCGCCUCGCAAAACCGGGGGAGGUCACGACAAGUACCACAGGGGUCAAGAGCGGGGGCCCGGAUUUCUCGGCUCGGAGAUGCGCUGGAUCUUCUCCGCCUGCAUCGCGGCAUCCUUCCUGGGGCUCGGCCUGGCGCACAACACCAUGUUCGAAGGAUAUGACCUGUCCUUGUCGGGUUACCACUUAUGCACCGAAACAAAGACUGUGAACCACAGCGAAGUGAUGUCAUACACGGUGUCCUACUCAGUGAGCACGCCUUGCGGAGGCUGGCUGCCGUGGAGGACAUGUCGGAAGACCCUCUAUAAAACAGCCUACAAGACCGUGGUUGUCCCGGUCACCAGCACCACCACCAGGUGCUGUGAUGGAUACGAACAAGUCGGCAGCUACUGUGCCUUACCUUUGAGCCAGAGUGCAGUGUUCAGUGCCAAGCCCGGCUCGUGCCCGGAGCAAGUGACGAGACGUUAUGGCAUGUGCCAAUGGGACACCGAUUGCUCUGUCGGCCAGAAGUGCUGCCCGGACGGAGGCGCCUCUUGUUGCACGGACGCAAAAGCUGAAGGUGGAGAGAGAGGCUGGAGCCUUAACGUGACCAUCGUCGUGAAGACAAAUUACACAAUGCUGGAGCGUUUGCCCCACGCCAUCCUGAACCACACACGGCUGUUACACGCUAUGGUCACAGGAGCGCUGGGGUCUCCGAACAUCUCCAUGUACCACCUCAAGUGCCGUCCGGAUGGCCCGUUCAGGACCAGCACCGAGCUGAUGAUCGGCUGCUCCCACCCCCUCUCCCUGCAGGGCACCUCCACCCAGCUGCACCUCCUGAUGGAGAACAUUGAGGAAAUAUCCCACGUGGAGGUGCAAGAUGUGAACGAGUGCGCUCGGGCUGAGCUGAACAGCUGCUCGCCGAGCGGCAAGUGCUUCAACACCGAGGGCUCUUACAACUGCUCCUGCCUCCCGGGCUUUGUGGACCUGAGGCCCAACGUCACUGGUCAAUUCUGUGAGGAGGAAGAGGACCACACCUCGGGCUACGGAGGCCAGGAGCAGACCUCCUCCCCCUACGUCAGCACGACCAUCCCUUGGACAGCCAAUGGGACCACCCAUGAUGUCACAAGCGCCGUCUGGAGUAGCGUUUCUGCUACUCCGUCUGCCACCACAAACUCCACUCCAGCAGCACCGCAUGUUACCAUGGCUCCCAAACCAGUUACUGUCAGCGUGAGCACUGUGUCCCCAGUGCCCUCUCCGACCGUGCAGACUCUGAAAGCGGUCGUGCGCUUGACCAACGUGGAGUUCCAAGAAGCCUACCUGAACCACAGCAGCCAGGCGUACCUCGAUCUCACCCGAAGCUUUGAGAGAGAGGUCCUAUCGUCUCUCCCUCCGGACAUCCAGUACCUGGUGCAUUCUGGCGCCGUGAAGAUACUGAUCGCGGGCCUGUCCCGCGGGAGCGUGGUGGUGGACUUCUUGAUCGUGUUCACCAAAAACGUGACCCAGGGUGCCGUGAACGUGUCAGAGGCCCUUGUGACUUCCUUGCGCAACAGUUCCGUGUACGCCAUGGACAACAGCACGUCUAUACAGGAUUUUAACGAGUGCGACGCUAAGGCGAAUGACUGCUCCCCCAACGCAAGCUGUGCCAACACCUGGGGAUCCUACACCUGCGCCUGCUUAGUGGGGUUCAUAGAUACAUACCCCGAUAGGCCGGGACGAACCUGUGCAGCGGUGACCAGCACUGCUACCACAACCACGGGCACCAGCACAACCACGGGCACUAGCACAACCACAGGCCCCAGCACCACCACCAGCAAAGCCUCCAACACCAGCACAACCACGGGCACCAGCACAACCUCCAGCACCAGCACAACCACCGGCACCAGCACAACCUCCGGCACCAGUACAACCACUGGCACCAGCACCACCACCAGCAAACCCUCCAGCACCAGCACAACCACGGGCACCAGCACCACCACCAGCAAAGCCUCCAGCACCAGCACAACCACCAGCACCAGCACCAGCACCACGACGACCUCGCAGAAGAACGCCGUGCCGAUUGCGCCCGCCCCGAUCACUUCCCCGGUGGCGGACAUCACCGUGGAGUGCCGAGCCAGCGCGAUCUCCGUCACCGUGGCGAAGGCGUUCCUGAGCGCCAACUUCAUCGCGGAAAGCUCUCUCUACCUGGGAAGGCCGGAGUGCGGCAUCACCGGCGGCAACGAUAGCCACGUGCGCCUAACUGCUGAUUGGGACCAGUGUGGCACUGUGCUCCAGCAGAACAACACUCACAACAGCGCGCAGGUAACGUUCUUCAGCAACGCAACGUCAGGCUCUCUCGCUCCCAAAGUGCACCUGCAGAUUCCUGUCGUGUGCAUCUACUGGAAAAACAUUCUCAUCUCCACAGGAUAUUCUCCUUCAGGCUAUGACCUGAUCAAAGACGUGAUCGAGGGAUCUGGGACCUUUCACGUGACCGUCCAGCUCCUGAACGGAUCUCUCCCCCUUCCCCAAAACUACUCGCUGUCCCCCAACGAGGAGGUCGUGGUGGAAGUGGCGAUCAAUUCCUCGAUGGACCAAAUAAAGCUGGUCAUUAACGAGUGCUGGGCCACCCCCUCCAGCGACCUAAUGGACUUAACUUCCUAUUAUUUUCUGAAAAACAGUUGUCCCAUCCCUGAAACGUACACCACGGUCCUCCAGAACGGGAACUCCAGCUCGUCCCGUUUGUCCAUCCGCGUCUUCUCCUUCGUUCAGCAGAACAUGAUCUACCUGCACUGCAAGGUGCAGAUUUGCUUCGAGACCUCGGGGACGACCUGCAGGCCGGAUUGCCUUCAGCGUACAGAGAGAUCCAAAAACAUAGUUGCAGUUGGCAGUGGUUCGUGCGGACCCAUUUACAGGUCUCCAAAUUUGUCAGACGAGGACAUAAUGAAUUCAUUUCAGGAAGUGAUCUUCAUCGUCGUGGGAGUGGGCGUGGCCGCUUUGAUCGUUGGAGUCAUGUCCAUAGUCUGCUACCGCAAACGACGGGUCGGACACUACAACUUCAACUUCACGCAGAAGCAGGAGAGCUUCACUUAUAACGUGUUCAGCUCAUAGUCGUUCCGUCAUGCCCGCGUUCCUAUCAGAUUUCAUGCUUGUGUGAUUCAGCUUUCUCAACUUCUGCGUAUUGUAUGCAUACUUUACAUGUGCACUAUAUGACCAGAAGUAUCUGGACACCCCUCGGCCUGGGGCUGUUUUUCAUUGCUUGGGCUCGGCCCCUUAGUCCCAGUGAAAGCAAAUUUUAAUGCUACAGUCACAUUCUAGAUGAUUCUGUGCUUCCCUAGCAGUCUGGGGAAGGCCCUUUCCUGUUUCAGCAUAACAGUGCCCCUGGGCAUACAGCGCAGUCUAUGUAGAAAUGGUUUUGUUGGGAAUGGUGUGGAAGAACUUGACUGGCCUGCAAAGAGCCCAGACCUCAACCCCAUCCAGCACCAUUGGGAAGAGUGGAAGUUGUUAUAGCAGUAAAGGGCAGACCAACUCUAUAUUAACGCCCAUGAUUUUUGAUGAGAUGAUGGAUGUCAGGUGUCCACAUACUUUUGGCCAUGUAGUGUAUAUUAAAUAGUAAAAUACGAUAGUGAAGUCUCUGUAUUAUCAGAUUAUAUUAUAUUAAAAAGUAAAUGUGAGUGCAUAUUGAUGCAUGGACAUUGCUAUAGGCCUAUACUACGCAAACAUGCAAUUCCUGUAUUCCUGUUUAAUAAAAGCUAUAUUUAUUAUAUAUCCUGUAACUUGGUUAGAUUGGGUAAGUUUUAGCCGAAGCUAUGAAAAGAUACAUUCACAAAUAUUGUAUUUUAUUCUGUCAAUACUUUUUUGUAACAAAUUCAUGAGCUGUUUUGAAACUAUUUGAAAUUGGUGCAAUUUACACAACUGUACAAAACGAAGAACGGUAGCGAAGCUUACGAAUGCGGAAGGUGUGAGCUGCGGCUUGUUCGUGUCAUUGCGUUUAACGCACGCGCUCAGCAAAGGCAGGUUACUGUGAAGGGCAUGCGUUUUGUAAUUAAACAUUUAUAAGCCAGUAA